AUUUCCAUACAAAGGGUCUGGGGUAAGGAAGGUGGCCGCAAGUCGCGGUCUGAAGAGAAUCGUUCUGACAAGCCGUUUUGGAACACCGGGGUGCGGAGGUGGGUGCCUGGAGAGAUGGCUUGCUUAGACGGAUCCACCCUAGGGUCUAGCUUCCAGCGGGACAGCCAGUGCCUUGCCAUGGCCGCAGGCCCGCGGGAGGAGCCCACUGCAGCCCUAAGGUAACAGAGCUGUGGCAUUUUAACCAAAGGGUAGGCAAAAAAAGAAAAAUAGACGAGUCGGCGUACCGACACGGCCAAAAUAAGACAAGAGCGGCUGCUACGAAAAGGCCUAAAAGUCAGCGGAAGCGGCACGUGAUGCCACAGGGCGCGACAGGCAGUAUCACACGUCAUCGUUCCGCGACGCCAACUCAGUAAUAUGACGCUAUCCCGGAAGUGGCCUCCGGAUCGGGCGGUGAAAGUGGCAGCUGGUGGCUCCCGGGCCAGAUCCCGCGAGGUCGUCCCUGAACUAUUUUUCUCCGAUUCCUCUGGAUUCUCCCUGAGUCUUCCAGGCCAGCGUAGCGAGGACACGACUCCACCAUCAUGGGGGGUGGAGAUCUGAAUCUGAAGAAGAGUUGGCACCCGCAGACCCUCCGCAAUGUGGAGAAGGUGUGGAAGGCUGAACAGAAACAUGAGGCUGAGCGGAAGAAGAUCGAAGAGCUUCAGCGGGAGCUUAGAGAGGAGCGGGCCCGGGAAGAGAUGCAGCGCUAUGCGGAGGAUGUCGGGGCUGUCAAGAAAAAAGAAGAAAAAUUAGACUGGAUGUACCAGGGUCCUGGUGGGAUGGUGAACCGUGAUGAGUACCUGCUGGGACGCCCUAUUGACAAAUACGUCUUUGAGAAGAUGGAGGAGAAGGAGGCAGGGUGUUCUUCUGAGACAGGACUCCUCCCAGGCUCUAUCUUUGCCCCUUCAGGUGCCAAUUCUCUUCUCGACAUGGCCAGCAAAAUCCGUGAGGACCCACUCUUCAUCAUCAGGAAAAAGGAGGAGGAGAAAAAGAGAGAAGUAUUGAACAAUCCCGUUAAAAUGAAGAAAAUCAAAGAAUUGUUGCAAAUGAGCCUGGAAAAAAAGGAGAAGAAGAAAAAGAAGGAGAAGAAAAAGAAGCACAAGAAGCACAAGCGUAGAAGCUCCAGUAGCGAACUUUCCAGCAGUGAAGAUGAGCACCGCGGGAGAUCUCAAAAGAAGAUGACAAAUUCUUCCCCUAUUUUGUCCAGAGUUCCUGGAUAUGGCUUACAGGUCAGGGACUCUGUGCGUGACCAGGGACUGCAGGAUCCUCUAAUGGGUGAACAAAAGGGAGCACGUGGGAUGAAGAACCAUGCCAGGUCUAGAAGCUCCUCCCACUCACCCCCUAGACAUGCCAGCAAGAAGAUCCCCAGAGAACUGAGGUCCCGAGACAGAAGGUCACGAUCCCCGGGCAGAAGGUCACGGUCCCCCAGACCCAGCAAACUGCACAACUCGAAAGUAAACAGGCGGGAGAGAGGCCAAACCAAGAGCCCGUCCCCUAAGAAAGAGGCCUACCAAAGGCGGCACGCCCCCGGGUAUACUAGAAAACUGUCAGCAGAAGAACUAGAGCGAAAACGGCAAGAGAUGAUGGAAAACGCCAAGUGGCGGGAGGAAGAGAGACUGAACAUCCUCCAGAGACACGCAAAGGAAGAUGAACGGGAGCAGAGGCUGGCGAAGCUGGACUCGGGGGACGGGAAAUUUAUCCACCGCAUGAAGCUAGAGAGUGCAUCUACUUCCUCCCUGGAGGAUCGAGUGAAGCGGAACAUCUACUCUCUGCAGAGAACUUCAGUUGCUCUGGAGAAGAACUUCAUGAAAAGAUGAAAACUGUCCCCUUUCUUCCUGGUUUCCCUGAAUUUUCCAGGGAGGCUGUUUGUUGACCCCUUACAAAUUCUCUUCAUAAGAGUUCAAAUGACUUCUUGCAGAGAUGUCAGACUACCACUGUUCAAAGUGACCCUCCUCCAUCAAUGCCUGCUACAGCUUACAUCUUUAGAGGACCCACAUGACUGACUUGUAGGACUCAGAGCUUUUGCUCAGCGUAGAGCGGGUUUGGACGGUGUGUUUGGGUGGAUGCUGUACCAUCUCGGUGUGAGUACUCCUACUGCUUUGAAAGCCUGCUCCCCAGGGUUGCGAUACUGACCAUGCCACGUCCUCCCACCUCUGUGAACAGACAUAUCCUGCUGCCUCAGUAAAGAUCAGACCUUUCAGAAACUUCUCUCUCCAGCGUCACCCAGAUCAUGCUUCCUGCAAUAAAUGAACAUUUACUUGGUUUAGUAGCUAAUGUGACAGAAUGAUGUCAGGUUAGGUAGGCCAGAGCCUGGGGAGUGACAAAGAAUCUGGAAGAAGAAACAAUACAAAAAGCCCUAAAUGAACCACUAUUUGGUCUUUGGAACUGUCAAAGUGUAAUAUGUAUAUGUACAAAUGUAAAAUUUUUACAUGCCUUUAAAGAAGAAUUAGCUUUGUAGAA